AACGUUUACGGAAUAUUUGGCAAGAAAUCCAAUAAAAAAUUAAUUGAGAGAUACGAGCACUUUGCCCUUGGGAACUGCAACGCGUUGAAACUGUCCCGGAUGCUUAAAGUCACAGUUUCAAGGUAUAGUACCACUUUGCAUUUUAAUUUUUCCAGGGCUUCUUUUAAACCACGAUCAAAUUUUUCAUCUUCAAGCUUAGUUAAAAUCUUUCUAGAGGAGAACGCAGUACUUUGGAAUCUGAAAGGUGCAUUAAUGUUAGCUGCUAUGAUACCUUUGUCCAUAAAGAGAAAUCUGAAGAAUAAGUGUAGGGAUUUAAGAGCGAUACAGGAAGAGUGAGAUAGUUAUGAAAAAGGUGAAUGGUUAGUCAUUAUUGAAAGGUAGAUAUGACUGAAAUUCAAGUGUUAAAGAAGUUCUUUGGAUGUUUCAUAUUACCAGUCUAUGUCUGUGAGCUGUUGUCAGAUAUAGGCACUGAAAAGAGUCGACAAUCGUUGAUCGGGCAUUAUUUGAGUAUAUUGCUUUCUAAAGAAACCAACAACGUUUUGGAAUAAAUACACAGGCUAAUAGGGUCGUUUCCGUUAAAAAGUGCAAACCCUUACUUUUAAGUAAUUUAACAGGGCUUAUUUUGAAUCGAUUGUUAAAUUUGUGAAUAAAGAAUACACCAGUUUUUUUUUUGUGAAACAGAAGAAUGUAAAGGUAAUAAAAAUAUCGUACAAAGAAAAAAAAAACGAAAGUCACUUAAAACAGGACAAUAUCAACAGUUGAUAUUCUCUCGCUGAAAACUGGAAAAUUCUCAUAUCUGAUUCUAAAAAAAAUCGGAACUGAGAUGUAGUCAUAAGACAGCAGUGUUAUGGAUGUCUUUGAACAUCUUAGUGAAACAGCGUGUUUUCAAAAACAGCAAUAUUUUUAAAUGAGACUUUCCCGCGAUUUUGACCGGAAUAAUAAGUUACAAGCAAUUAUUUUCACUAAGGAGAAAAUAUUUUGUAUAUUUUUCAUUUCUUUUUAAUUUCAUUUAAUCAUCUCCCUUCUUAGGAGAGGAGUCUUGGGGGCAAAGUAUCUUCCACUGAAAGUCGCGUUCGAUCAAAAAAAUAAACGACUGCACCCAGAGCCCACAAAGAACGCAAAAUGGAUCACUGUAUGCGGAGCUGAAGAUCAACAUUGUAAAUGUCUCAAGAAUUAA